UCUCGGAGGAGAAGCGGCCGUGGGUAGAGCCGCCCGGAGUCCCCUCAAUGGGCCGGCUAGAACCUGGUAGCGGCGCGGCUGGGCGGGCCUGGAGCAGGAGGAGGGUCGUGCCGGGCGGAGCGACCGACCGCCGCUAGUGUCUGCUCUCCGCUCCGGCUCGGAGCUAACUCGCCGCGCUCAGGCCCUGGGCUUCCGUAGCUCUGGCGGAGUCGGCGCGAUGGGCGAGCCGGAAAGGCCGGCGGCGGCCAGGCCGGAGGAGGAUGAGCAGUUGUCUUCAGAUACAAACGAAAACACAGAGAGGUCAAAUGAAGAGCCUCUUCUGAGAAAGAGUUCCCGCCGGUUUGUUAUCUUUCCCAUCCAGUACCCUGAUAUUUGGAAGAUGUAUAAACAAGCACAGGCGUCUUUCUGGACCGCAGAAGAGGUUGACUUGUCAAAGGACCUCCCUCACUGGAACAAGCUUAAGUCGGAUGAAAAGUAUUUUAUCUCCCACAUCUUAGCCUUUUUUGCAGCCAGUGAUGGAAUUGUCAAUGAAAACUUGGUGGAACGGUUCAGUCAAGAGGUGCAGGUUCCAGAGGCUCGCUGUUUCUAUGGCUUUCAAAUUCUCAUUGAGAACGUCCACUCAGAGAUGUACAGUUUACUAAUAGACACUUACAUCCGGGAUCCAAAGAAAAGGGAAUUUUUGUUUAAUGCAAUUGAGACAAUGCCGUAUGUCAAGAAGAAGGCAGACUGGGCUCUGCGCUGGAUAGCCGACAGAAAGUCGACGUUCGGGGAAAGAGUGGUGGCCUUUGCUGCCGUGGAAGGCGUUUUCUUCUCUGGGUCAUUUGCUGCUAUCUUCUGGCUGAAGAAGAGAGGCCUCAUGCCUGGACUCACUUUCUCAAACGAACUGAUCAGCAGGGAUGAAGGGCUUCACUGUGACUUUGCUUGCCUGAUGUUUCAGUACUUGGUAAAUAAGCCUUCAGAAGAAAGGGUCAGGGAGAUCAUUGUCGAUGCCGUUAAAAUUGAGCAGGAGUUUCUGACAGAAGCCUUGCCUGUCGGCCUCAUUGGAAUGAACUGUGUUCUGAUGAAACAGUAUAUUGAGUUUGUAGCUGACAGAUUACUUGUGGAACUUGGCUUCUCUAAGGUUUUCCAGGCAGAAAAUCCCUUUGAUUUUAUGGAAAACAUUUCGUUGGAAGGGAAAACGAAUUUCUUUGAGAAGCGAGUUUCUGAGUACCAGCGGUUCGCAGUCAUGGCGGAAACCACAGACAAUGUCUUCACCUUGGAUGCAGACUUUUAAAUCUCUCCCCAUUUAAAAAUACCACAGAAGCCAGAUAUGGUGGCACAUGCCUUUAAUCCCAGCACUCCAGGGAGGCCAAGGCAGGUGGAGUUUGGGGACUGUCAGAGCCACGUAUAGAGAUCUGUCUCAAAACCCAAAUAACAGCAGCAAGAGCAAACUAACAAACAAAACCUUGUUGGUAAAAUAGCAAUUUAUUUUUCUGUCCUUUUGAAACGUUGAGUAUUUCCUUCAAGGAAAUGAGAGUUUGAAUAGAAGGAAAUCAAGAACUAAAUUAUAAACAGUUGAUUUAUCAAAAUGCACUUCAGUUUAUACAGUGAGAGGGCGUGACUUUUUCUUUAUUCGUUAACACAUAAGAUGUCAUUAAGAGCAUGGAUUGAGGAGUCAUAUAUGAGUUUGACAUCCUGCCCUUACUCCUUUGUGUGACCUUGGCAGGUCAGUCAGUCACUGUAAACUUCAGGGCAAUGAUCUGUAAACCUCCAAGUUCAUGGAGGUCACAGAAGAACAGAUACACAAAGAUAAGUUUCCCUCCACUACCUGGACGACCAGUUAACACCAACGAUACGACUGGUCACAGUAACACUCUCCAAAGUGACUGUGAUUCUAGGUUAGAUGGAGAUUUAGUCCAUUAGGGUCCAUUUAGAGUCCAUUGCAGGAAGAAUAUAAGAAUAUGAAACCUUAGAGAGGUCAUGAUUCUCAUCAGCCCCUUUGCCUGUCCCAAUCUGCAGUAAAGAAUGUAGCUCAUAACUGCUUAGGGCGGUAGAGGCCUGUGGAGCAGAAUCCAGAUGUUGCCAUGGUUGUGGGCCUUAGAAGAAAAGCAGUUCUCCUUCAGGAAUUAAAAAACCAACUUUUGCCAGGUGCAGCCCUGGAAUGUUUAGAACCAGGAUAGAUGGGUACUUCCCAAAGUCAUAUUCUCAGAGCUGGUAGACCUUGCGAUGUUUUGUGAUAGACUUCAUCUGUAUGUCUUUAUACUUUAAAUCUCUCCACAGUGUUAUGAAGGGAUGCUCUUUAGUGGGACUGUGUAUGGUGGAGAGCUAGAUGAUAAGGGAGAGGAACAGGCCAGGAGCCAGGCCGCCUGGGCAGUGUGCCCUCUUCAUUUUCAGGAAGCACCAAGAGGAAGCCUGAGCCCCAUCAAACCCUGGUUCCUACUCGGUGAAGUGCCUGCUGCCCAAACAUGAGGGCCUGAGUCCAGAUCCCCGGGAACUCCAUAGAAACCAUAGCAGCACAUGCUCACAUGCCACACACUUAUACGUGCACAUACACAGAGUGCACACACGUGCACACACUUGCACACACACACACAGAGUGCAUACACGUGCACGCACAGAGAGUGCACACAGUGCACAUACACAGUGCACACGUGCACACACAUGCACACAUGCAGAGUGCACACAGUGCACACACACCUGCACACACAGUGCACACGUGCACACAGUGCACACAGAGUGCACGCACAUGGAGUACAAACAAAGUUCUGGAAACCGAAAUUCAGAGAUUUCUCUCUAUGUAAGUUUUGCUCCAUGUGUUCUAUAACUACUGAUUGAUCAAACUAGGAAUUCUAAAUGAAUGCAAGAGAGGCCGCAUAGUUCCACUGUUAGAGGGACUAUCAGAAAUGAAGUGUUUGGGUUACAGUCAGAUUGAUUUUCUUGCUGUGUGCUUCCCACUGGUCAUGUGGUCACCCGAUACCCUUCUAAGCCUUCCAGCACCUGUUACUAAAACAUGGAGAUAGGGGUGAGGGUCAGAGAGCUGAAAAACAGCCACGAUUCCAGCCACUGUCCUUUUACUGUGAGAUUCUGGGGCUGUCAUAUCCUUUAAAUUUCAUUCAUUGUGAUUUGUUUUGCCCGUUCCUUUGUUAAAGUAAACUACCAUGCAUUACUGUUUACGGCACUGUAGAAUAUCAGAGUACCAAAGAGCUUGGAGUGUUCAGGUAGCGUGUUUCAAGAUACUUCGCUACUGCCAUACAAAACCAUCUAAAGCAGUUAUCAUCUCAGACUGAAAGACGACAGUUCAACUGGGUAUGGCCCCGAAGUUUAAGUCCAGAUCUUCCGUGUGAGUCAUGCCGGUGCCUUCGUGUGAUGCCUGUUUACAGCAGCAAUAAGCAAAGCUGUGUUUAGAAGAAGUCUUAAUAUCAAAAAACUGAAUUUUAAUACACGGCAAUGUUGCUCCAUUCAGUAUUCUGCACCAGUUCCCCCAAGAUGCACAUGUAUUUAUUAUGCCUGUUUUGGUUCCUAGACAUGGAAGAAUCAUAAAGUUACAGGAUAUCUUUUCAGUGUCUCGUGGGUAAAGAAAGUUUAAGUUCAUGGCUUUUCUCUUUUUUCCAGCACACGUGUUUCAAAGAAAUUCAGUUUAUCAUAGAAUCAUAAUCAACUUCAUCAUAACAAUAGUUCCACUGCACAAUUCAGCACGCAUGGUGUGGAGCAGCUUUGGGUGCAUUUAUUCCAGCGCUUUCUGCAGGACUGAAUUUCAGUAAUAAACAGUUACUUUGUGAUGUAAUCCACUCCCAGCCAUGCUGUUAUUUGAAGAAGUUACGGUGUUUCAUUUUAAAAUAUCCAGAUUCUGCCGGGCGGUGGUGGCGCAUGCCUUUAAUCCCAGCACUCGGGAGGCGGAUCUCUGUGAGUUCGAGACCAGCCUGGUCUACAAGAGCUAGCUCCAGGACAGGCUCUAAAGCUGCAGAGAAACCCUUUCUCAAUAAACCAAAAAAAAAAAAAAUCCAGAUUCUACUUCUGUCACCAUUUUAUUAUAUUUUGUUUUUCUUCUUUUAGUUGGAGUUCAUCACGCAGUCUGGCCUGGAUUACACUCUUGAGCCUCCUGCUCCAGCUUCCCAAAUAGGCAUUAUAGGUGUGCGCCACCAUGCCCAGAUACAACUUUAUUUUUUGUGCAUAAAGAAGAUGUGCAUGUUAAAAAUAAUUUAAUAUUCAGAUUAUGUAUUUUAUAUUUAAAUAUAUUUAUGUCAUUCUCAUAGACUCUCCAGAUUUACUUUUUACAACUAAGCUAAGAGCUCAAUGUCAUGUCAGUGGUGGGCUGCACUAAAGCCAAAUUAGCUCUAAGAUCAAGUGUCAUGUCUUGAACUAAUUGAGAGAGUUGGAAGUCACCUCAGGCAGAACCUGGGGUGCAGAACUCAGAAGUGAGAUUGUAAUUCUCAUCCCUUCCUUAAACAAUCUGCUCCUUUGUAAACUGCCCUGGGUCUGCAGGAGAAUCUGGUAUUCCUGGGGGCCUAGUAGGAGAAGUCGCUCUUCAGAUUUGUGACUUAAUUAUGUGAAAGAAAACAUGUAAACCAGGAAGACCAGAGGAUGGCUCUUUUUUUUGGUAAAGAAAAGUAAGUUCACAAUAUUUUAAACAUGUAUUUAACUGUUUUACAACUUUGUUUUGACUUUUCUAAGUGAUCAUUUAACAAAAUCUCAGCAUCUGCCACGUGUGUAAGAAGCUUUAUGAGACAUGGUGUUCCUAAAUAUAUUUUGUUAAAAUACAUUAUGGUCAAUCAAACCGACCCUGCUUAUAGAGACUCAGGGCUUUUUUUCCACCAAAAAAAUUAUCAGUUUUGUAAAGUUUGUUGAAAUAAACUGUAUUAUAUCA